GCAAGCGAGCGAGCACGAAAAUGUGAUCGCGCCUCGGUCGUCCUCAACGUACCGUCCGACAACAUCCCCAGCCAGGAGCUGCAGCCCGUGACACGAAUUUCGAGGUUUCGACGGACCGUACACAGUGUAACGAGGGGCUGUUUCUUUGGUGAUUUGUUGUGCUGGUGGUGGUGGUGGUUUCGAGGAUUUCGCAGGACUCUGGCGGUACAGGCGUGUACGUCAAUCGAGGCAGUUCUGUGACUUUCCGAGUACAAACGAUAACAAAGACAAAGGAGAGAAACAAUUAAAUAAACUGUUAGGUUUAGUAAAGACGAAACGUGGUUAGUUAAAGUUUAGCCGAUGGUGAUCAUAACGUCGAGCAAGGACUCUCUUCGAGAACGAGCCUUAGAGGGACAGCCAUCGCAAAAGAUGAAGCUGCACGAAAAAAAGGAGUCCAACAUCCACAGGGUGAAGGAGGUGCAGCUCGAGGAGCUCGAGCUCGGCCGAGAGUACAACGUUGAAAAGAGCCUCGGCGAGGGUAGCUUCGCGAAAAUCUUGCUGGCCACCCAUCGUCGGACCCAGACCCGCGUCGUCCUCAAGGCCGUCCACGAGGAGCUUACCAGCGAGCGCGACUUUUACCGGGAGUUUCACUACUCGUACCACCUGAGCCCCCACCCCAACAUCCUGUCCUCGUACGCCGUGGCUUUUCGCGCCGACAACUGCUACUGCUUCGCCCAGGAGUACGCCCCGUACGGUGAUCUCGCGGCCAACGUGCGCCAAGGCGGACUCAGCGAGGACACCUGCAAGAGGAUAGCCGCCCAGUUGGCCUCGGCCCUCGACUUUGUCCACUCGAAGCAGCUCGCCCACCGGGACGUCAAACUCGAGAACGUCCUCGUCUUCGAGAAGGACAUGUCCAAGGUGAAGCUCUGCGACUUUGGGUGCACGAAACGCGAGGGCACCCUCGUCAGCAAGCUCAGGUGCACCUGGGUGCCCUUCCUACCCCCGGAGAUACACGAGAUCGUGAAGAACGAGAGGUACACGUGCAAAAGGAGCGCCGAUUGUUGGCAAUUCGCCAUAGUCCUGUUCGUUUGUUUGACGGGCAAUCCGCCCUGGCAGAGCGCCGAUCCCAUCCAGGACCCCGACUACUCGGCCUUUCAAAAGUGGCUCAAGCGCCGCACCACCAAAAUCCCGGUGGGCUUCCGGCGCUUCAGUCCCCGGCUGUUGCGCUACUUCCGGCGCGUCUUCGAGCACAAGCCCGACAAGCGGCCCGCCGUCACCGAGAUCAACAAGUACCUCAAGGACGCGUGGUGGGCCCCGAGCAAGCAGCACCACCUGCUCAGCCACAGCGCGACCUCGACCUCGGUCGACGCGAGCGAGAACUUUCCCGGGGUCAGGCGGGCCGACAGUCUCCUCUACCUGAACACCAUCGUGGACGAGCGCCACAACGCCUGCGACGAGAACAAGAACCGGCUGAGGCGGCUUUUGAACAGCUACGGCCUCGAAACCACCCUCGACCAAAGGGACAUGACCAAGAGGGUCUGGGAGUGGGUCAUGCAGUGCGACUCGAGCCUACAGGGGGACUCGUCGGGGUUGAUCGGGCUGUCGGAUUGCGGCUCCAUUUGAGUGGGCAUCAACAAGUCCCUCAGCGAGCCUCGCCUCGCGGACAAGCCGCCCGUCAGCCGGAGCUGCAGCUGCAUCGAUAUUCCGGCCGGGGAGCCUCGAGCCCUCGCCCCACCGCACGCCCAUGGACUCCGGUACGAGUUGUUUUAGUGCGAAAGACUAUAUCGGGAUCGCUCGUGUCCGUGUACAUAUAUAUUAAUUACCACAUACUGGUAUACAUAGUUGGCCGUUGCUCUUCUUCUAGUUGUUGUUGUUAUAUACUGUUGUUCCUUCGUGUUGUUAUUAGCUGUUGGUCGGAGCCAAAGGUUUUUCUUUUUUUCGUUUGUUUACUUUAUUUUAUUUUUUUUAUUUUUUUUUUGUU